UUGAAAAUGUAAAAAAGAAGCACGUUGCAACACUGCAUCACUAUAUAUGCGAAGUUGUGCAAUCCAACCACAUGCAUGCCGGUCGGGAUCAGUUUCGGAUUCAAUCAAUUCAACGUAGGGGAAGCUCUCAUCAUCCAAUAAACCACAGUCUGACCAACAAUAAGCAAAAUAUAAUACGCAUGACCACUCGAGGAACACCGGUCAAGCACAAAGAGAGAGGCCUCCCUUGCUCCAUCAUGGCGAGCUUCAGCUCGGAUGAGAAGAAUCACAACGUCUCAGAUCUCCGUUUAAGUGUGGUUCCUCAGAGAUUUACAAAGGAGGUGCACUUCAUAAGACACGGGGAGGGGUUUCACAACAUCGGGUAUGAGGGAAACCUGGAUGCCCAUUUGACACCCUUUGGCUGGCACCAAGCUGAAGCUCUCCAGCGACACAUCAAGACCCUCCAGCCCCCCUUGGACAUUCAGGUUGUCAUUGUGUCACCUCUGAUGCGCACACUGGAGACAGCGGCCGGGGUGUUUGGGGGCGGCAGCGCCACAGCUCAGCCGCUGAUGCUGCGCCAGGCGGGCGCGCCCAGGGAGGUGUCAGCGCAUGAUGCCAUCGGCCUGCCCAGCAACCUGCCCUUCGUUGCCACAGAGAUGUGCAGAGAGCGAAUGGGUCCAAACCUGUGUGAUCAGCGCCGGCCGCUGCACCUGACGAAGGAGCACUUUCCCGGUGUGGAUUUCUCGGCGGUGCAGACAGAUGACGAUGUGCUAUGGGAGAAAAUCCACGAUGAGCAGCACAGUAGCGGAGAGUACGAUGUGGGCGAGAGCGAGGUCGCAGUCACACUCAGGGGGAUCAAGUUUCUGAGGUGGCUCAUGACCAGGCCGGAGACGCGCAUAGCUGUGGUGGCGCACGCGGGCUUCAUAAGGCACACGCUGUCAGCCUUCGCUCCCGAACUGCCGCCCGCGAACCAGGCCGAGCUGACGCGCGAGUUUCUGAAUUGCGAGAUGCGCACAGUGGUGCUCAGCGACACUGGAAUCCAUGCGCCUGAGGACCCCACUGCCUUCCUUGGGGGCCGCCAGUGCCUGGACGGCGUUUCCGUGGCCGCCCAGUCAAGCGCUGUGUGAAGCCUGCUGCAGCAUGUCGGGCGGCUCUUUGCCCUCCAGAUGUGUCACAAUUGAUGGGUAUGUCUCUUAUUUUAGAGGGCAAGGAACUUCCGGUCACAGACGAAUUCGAUGAAAUCAUUUUUACAAUGUCUGUAUUCUUCCUGGGCACAUUGUCCACCGGAUUGAGAACAUAGCGAUAUCGAGUAAAGAAUUGGGACACUACUGUUUGCUUCGUUAUCGGAGAAGUCCGGGCAGAAUAUCAGAAGCUGCAGGGGCUACACCAGGAAGACAAUCAUUAAUAUGAUCUGACACAUCACACGGUGUGCACGUAAUUGCUCUGUAAAUUAAAUUUUGGGGAACAUUGUUUCUCUGUAACUCGAGCUCGGCUCAUGACAAGCGCAGGCCAUGCCAACAGUGGUAGGGCAUGUCUCAAAGGUAGUCCUGCUUCAUAGCCUUAUUGCCAGUUGUGCUUGACUCGUGGCUUACUGGCACUCACAUUGUCGAGUCGCUGGACAUCACAUAGCCUGCAUGUGCUAGUGCUGUCAGAACUGCAGCUCCAAAGAUUUUGUCUCGCGUGGCAGGUGCAACCCUGUUCUUCAGGCCUAUGCGGAUCAGAGGGAGAAGUGGUGCAUAGAUGAGGGGCAAUAAAAUGCUAUAGUUUGGUCCACGUUUCCUUCGGAUCGGCUCCUCUCCUGAACUGGAAAGCUCCUUAAACUCAGUUCCCAUUUCAAACAGAGAAACCUAUGUACC